AUGACCAAUGUGCUGACCAAGGUGCUGACCAAUGCCAUGACCAAAGUGCUGAUCAAUGUGUUGACCAAGGUGGUGACCAAUGCCAUGACCAAUGCCAUGACCAAAGUGUUGACCAAUGCCAUGAUCAAAGUGGUGACCAAGCACCUGACCAAGGUGCUGACCAAUGCCACGACCAAGGUGCUGACCAAGGUGCUGACCAACGUGUUGACCAAAGUGAUGACCAAAGCCACGACCAAUGUGCUGACCAAUGCCAUGACCAAAGUGCUGACCAAUGACAUGACCAAAGUGCUAAACAAGUUGAUGGUCACGGCAGCGAUGACAUGGUCACGGCAGCGAUGA